UAUCACUCCAUUUCAUUUUACACCUCUUCACAAAGUUUGGGUUGAUAUUUGUGUGGUUAAAACUAACCCAUAUCCGAAUCAUGAGAAUAAAGGGCAAUCUGUAUGACCUGUUUUGAUAUGCAACCGUUCUCAUCGGUGACUUCCUCUUGCCUCCCGUCUCCCUCUCGCAUAUCGAGCAAUCUUUCGGCCUACGGUUGUCCAGUACAAUUAAUAUAAGUCUCAGUAUCAUGAAUAAUCUGAGCAGAGGCCACUCCUGCGCGCUAUGCCAACAGCGCAAAGUUCGUUGUGAUCAACAGAAGCCCUGUGCCAACUGUAUCAAAGCACAGGUUGAGUGCAGGAUUAUUACCCCACAGCCUCCUCGGAGGAGAAAGAAGAAAUUGCAUGAAAGAGACUUAGUUGACCGGUUUAAGAAGUAUGAAGCGCUUAUGUCUCAACAUGGAAUCAACUUCAACUUAAUACUAGAAGGUGGGGACGACGUCGUAAACCUUGAGCCUGCGACAAAAGGAAAUGAAAAUCAUCAUAAAUCUCAGGUUGAACGUCAGGAAAGACCCUCGAAGUGGUUCCCAUAUUACCAAGAGGUUCGCUCGUCCACUGAAUUCGUCUCUUUUCAAUAUUUUAAGUUACUCUAUCGGUGUCUUAACACUAUCCUCCGGUUUACAAGUAGCCUGACUGUCAGCCAGUAUUGCAGAACAGAUGAUAUGCUACGCGAUACUUCCGAUGAUGAAAUUGAGCGGCCCUGUAUUCAUCAAUCCUUUGAUGCCAUGUUCGGUGAUACUGAUGGCUUCCCAUUUAAUGUCUGCGGAUCACCGUCCGAGAUAACUGAUUCGCAUCCGCCUACAAUUAAGCUAUUUCAGCUGUGGCAGAUCUAUAUCGAUAACGUCAACCCUUUGUUGAAGAUUAGCCACGUGCCGACACUCCAGGCACAGGUUGUCGAAGCAGCAGCCGAUCCUGCUAAGGUUUCUAGGCCGCUUGAGGCUUUGAUGUUUAGUAUUUAUCUUAUCGCCGUAACUUCGUUGACAGAUGAGGAGACUAAGAGCACCUUUGGUGAAGAAAAAGCCGUGCUACUGUCCAGAUAUUACCGAGGCACGCAGCAAGCCUUAAUAAAUGCCGGCUUUAUGAGGUCAAAUGAGCUUGUGGUGCUACAAGCUUACUUUUUAUAUCUCUUCAGCGUAGUGCAAUACAUUGACCCUAGAUCUCUUUUCUGCUUGAUUGGUAUUGCAGUACGUAUAGCCACACGUCUCGGUUUGCAUCGAGAUGGCUCCCAGUUCAGCUUACCGCCAUUUGAAAUGGAACAACGGAGAAGACUCUGGUGGCAGAUUGCCGCUUUUGACAAACGAAUCGCAGAGAUGACUGGAUCAUCCAUCACUGCCCUUUCAUCCUCUGGGGCUGACUGCAGGCUCCCCCUCAAUCUGAACGAUGCGGACUUACAUACAUAUGCCAAGGAAUCCGCAGCACCCAGUGCUGGCGCAACAGAGAUGCUCUUCUAUCUCACACGGAUUGAGCUCACCAUAGCAGUUGCUCCUAAUGGCAUGCGGCCUAACUACGUGAUCUUGAACAACCCACUAGCACAAGACAAUACAACUCCCUCGCCAGCUGAUGCCACUUCUGAUACUAACAGUCGACCCCGGACAGACAGUCUCGACCGCUACUGCGCACAUAUAGAAUCUGCUUAUCUUAAGAACUGCGACCACCGAAUUCCAGUGCAGUUCUUUGCUCUGAUGAUGGCACGCAUGUCGCUUUGCAGGCUUCGUAUUGUUGAAUUUAUGUGUCGGGGCAUCUGCGCCACCAAUCUCGCAGACCAGGAACGUGGUUUCCUUUUCAUGACUGCCAUAGAGAUGCUAGAGUACGAUAAUAUCAUUCAUACGACCGACAACCUACGAAACUUCCUCUGGUAUACUCAGCUGCUAGUUCCACUACCGGGCUACGUCUUUCUCGUGAGUGAACUACGCCAGCGCACCACGGGCGAGCUGUGUGAACGCGCGUGGAAAGCUAUUUUCGAUAACCAUAACCAUAGGUGCCUCAUCCGCAAGCUCCAAAGCCCCAUGCAUUUUGCCUUUGGCCGUAUGCUUAUAAAGGCUUGGAACGCCCGUGAGGAGGCUGAGCUACAACUAGGAAGGAAUAUACAGCCCCCAGAGCUGGUUACACGGCUGCGCCAACACAUGUCCCAGAAUACACAACCGUCCCGAUCGGCUCCAGGCUUGGAGGACAAAGAUACUACUGCUGGGACUGGAAUGUGGGUUGGAAACACCCCUGUACCAAACGGGGUGGGUCUGUUAGCCGGGAUGAUGUUUGAUGAAGAUCCGAUAUUCCCAUCUGUAGACAGCCCGAACCACCUAUAUGAAGAUGUGACACCAGACCAGAAUGACUCAUGGUCAUAUUUUAUGCAGUCCGGUGUGUUGGGGCAGCCUUGCGGUAACACUGGACCCAUUUUGACGAGCAAUGGUGGUUUUCAUUAUCCGUUUGGGUCAUAUCAAUGAUCACUAUCCAUGCUAUCUGCCCAAGGAUCCAAAUAAUCAGUUUUAUAUUUGCGCAGCUUCCAUUAGUAGUCCUCACUAUCGAUCAACUCCCAUUUAGCCUUAAGCGCUUGAUGUAGUUUCCUCAUGGGCCAGGCAUGGAUGGCCUUUGUUUUCUCAAUUAUAUCCUCCAACGCCUCUCGUUCCCUUAGGUCCGUGAAAUACUCGCCAUAAAGUAUGACGCUAAUCACGGCAUUAACCAAUGCAGGCGAGAGCUCUUGGAGACUUAGCCCGAUUCCACAAAUUUUGAGCACUAUCGAUCGAACCUGUGCUUCGACCUUACGAUGCGCAAUGCGGCAAUACGGGUCGUUGCUACAUUAAGGUAGAAUAACUAUUUAAAAAUUGGCAAGGCGAAAUAGCGAAAUGCAUGAAAGAUUGGCGUACCUUAUAUUAGGAUUCUC